UAAUCAACAGCGCCGCAGCGGCCACCGAUACUGCAAACAGAUACCAAUACUUCCACGACCGUUGUUACUUACAUUGUAAAUCACCGGUUCAGUAAUGUCGAACAUGAUAUGUGUAGUGAAUAUGGUACCUAUGUGUUUUGUAUCUGGGAUGGAUUACAUCUAGUAGGAUGGGAGCGAAAUUCCAUUUGACCAAGAUUUCGGGCUGGAAUAAAUGAUUCGAUAACGCGUAGCCGCAACUCUGCCAUGCUAACGCAUUCCGUCGGGCAUAUUGAGCGCUCACUUUCCCUUCCGGUGGAGCGCUCGCUGCGGCAGCAUUCUUCCACAGAAGAAUACCUUCUGGCACUGCGUGAGGAUCUGGCCGAAUGGCUAGCCGGCCUGUAUCCGGCGACCGAGAUCGAUACGGACAAUUUCUUCGACAAAUUAGAAACGGGAACAGUGUUAUGUAAGCACAUCAAUUGUCUGAUUGACCGGCUAAAUGAUUGUACUUCCGCUGGCUUUAAUGAAUCGAGCCAUAAGAGCCACUCGCAGCUGGCUGCUGUGGAUUCAACCGGCAGACGGAAAAUCAAUGCCGCUGUAACGGCCAUACAGCCGGCGGUUGUGGUCAACAGAUUGCAGUGCCGAAUAAAUGCUCAACCAAAAAGCUUUCAGGCGCGUGAUAAUUUAUGCAACUGCCUUGCGUGGUGCCGGUCAAUGCAGAUGCGUGAAUGCCUAUUAUUCGAGACUGACGAUCUGGUGCUGCGGAAGAAUGAGAAGAGUGUGAUACUAUGUGUCAUGGAGGUGGCCCGAAUAGGGGCCAAGCUGGGAUUGCCUGCCCCGACCCUAAUUCAAUUUGAAAAAGAAAUCGAUGAGGCUGAACUACAGCUACGCCGGAGGCCGCAGUCGGUCACCCCCGCGGGCGCCGAUAACGAUGGGGAUGAUGUUGCCAGUUGCAGUAUGUCCAGUGGGAUCUUCUCGCUGGGGAGCACUUCCGUCUCGGAUCAGGAGGCAGGGGACGGUCCCGGCGCGGACGCCUGUAGCGCCGUCGAUGGACAUGCCAAUACGCCGACUCCAGCCUAUCUUCAAAAUGUUGAUCAAGUGGUGAAAGAGCACGUGAAGGAAUGCUCCUGCCAGACGCCGUUUUCCUUGACCAAGGUGGCCCCUGGGAAAUACCGUGUCGGCUCCGCCCAACUGCUUAUUUAUGUGCGGAUCCUACGCAAUCACGUGAUGGUACGGGUGGGAGGCGGAUGGGACACUCUUGACCAUUUUCUCGAAAAACACGAUCCGUGCCGACGGGGCCACUGCGGAUGCGGCGAUUCAGUAGCAUCUGUUGCCGGUCAUAAACCUUCAGCCAACGCCACUAUUAAUCAUUCCCCUCCGACGUGUACCAUUCCCAAGAAAGUUUCUGCCACGGCCAACCGAAGAAUUAGUACUGAUCUCACACAAUUACAAGUUGUUUAUAAACGCGAAUCACUUCCGCUCAAACCAACCGAAUUAAUUCUUCCCCAGUCAGUCGUAAAAUCCCAAACGACUGCUUUGGCGCCAGCGUCACGGCGUUUAUCGAAAGCCUCCUUAUCGACAACAAAUUCUACUUCCGUACCAAAAUUGUCACGCGCGCGUAGCAUGGAUGUUAGUUUGUUGCCGGAAGAGAAAUCGCUGAAAAUCCGUAAAGCACAACCUGUGCCUUCCGUUAGACAGCCGACUAUUUUGCGUCCUAAAACCGCCAACAGUAUUAAUCGGAUAAAUCCGAACACGAAGAAGAAUCGCCUAAGCAUGCAGGAAGGAGGAAAAAUAACGAAGUUAUCCGCCGAUAGCUCGCCCAAACCGGAUCCGUGGGAGAAUGCCAUGAACCGGCAUCGGCAGAAGUUUCUCCAGACUAAACACGUAUUUGAGAAAAAGGGCACCAAAGAUGUCACUGCGCCCGUAUCCGACGAUUCGGCCAUCUCCACACCGACCAAUCCUGGUGUGAUUAAGAAAAGGUCACUGGAUGAGAGCAAGCCGGGCGAUUCAGCGGAAGAAGGUUUCUUCAGUGAUGCAUCAGGGAACAGCGAAUAAUUCAGAACAAAUUUGUCAGCUGCAGGAAAACGAAAGUCCCAACCGACAAUUACGACAGCAGUGCGCAGUGAUACCGCCGAUGGCUGGAUACCGGAUAUCCGUCGGAAAAGAAUCUUGGUGUUACUUUUCUGUAUGUGGCGAAUUCUCCAGAUUGCCGUAAGACAUCCUACGCGUGCCUAUUACGAAUUCCCGAAAUACGAAAAGACUGAAUCUGCGGCAGUUUUGUUCAGUUUCGAGUACUUCUACGCUUUCGAUCUAUGAGAAAUUGUUUUUAUACGAAAAAAUCCUGUGCGUUUAACUGACACAAGCAGAUCCUAAAUUUAUUCAUAAUGAGAUGAUGUGUUGUAAAUAUUGACCCUUGUUUAUCAGUUUUCAUGGCGUUGUUGUGACAUUGGUAAGUUUUGUUGUGCUUUUAUAGUUUUAUCGCAAGCGGUACUCAGGAGAGUAGAGGUGAAUUCCGAAAGUUAUGUUGAUUGUAUUCGUGGGUGAUUUUCAGCAAUACGGGUCUUGAUUCUUUGCCGGCAUGAGUCGCAUGACAGUACGAAUUUUACUUCCCUUAA